AUGAGUAAUAACCUUGGACUUAAAGUCGAACAAGUUCGUUGGUUUUAUCGCGACUCCAACAACAAACGUUGGGUACCGUUUAGUGGUUACGAUUCUAUCAAUUUGGAGUUGAAUUAUCGAAGCCGCCUUGUCUGUAAUAAAAGCGACUGUCUGUUUGAUCAAACUGGAGCUGCAAUAUGCAACUCAGAACAGUCUUCCGUCAAUCACAAAGUAUCUGUAAGGGGUGGACUUUAUGAAGCAGAUAUUGAUAGGCGAUGUUGUGUUCCUACUUACUGGCCGGUUGAAAGGUGUCCCGCACGUAUUUUGCGCGGCACUUGGUUUCGCGAAGGUUAUGGUGGUACCCUUGAACCUUUUGAUGAUGAGUCAAUGGCUGAACGUUUAGAAGCGGAGUACAUCACUUGGUACUUAAGAAAACCUCAGAAUAUCGCUAUCUCGGAUAAACCUUUGUACUCAAAUAGCAGUUUGUUCACUAGAAUAGACGUCAGCACACCACUUCAUUCUGUUGUUAGCGCUCCAACUCUUCGGUAUGCAGAUGCUAUAAAAACAAGCGAAUUGGUUGCCGAAAAUUCUCAGUCAUCUCGUUCUGAAAAUAAAGAUUUAACAAUUGGAGUAGAAAACUAUUCAGAUGAUAACGUCUGUGGUUCCACUGUGUUGAAAAAACGAGUUCCUUCCCAAACGAUUCACUUCACUGAUUGUCAUGUCGAUUGUUAUGGAGAAAAUGAGUUGUAUUUGUAUUAUGAAUCCACUAGCUUAUAUAUCAGACAAAAACUGGGAAUGCAGAAAGUCGGUACUCGUUUGUGUCGUGGUUUUAAUGAUUUGGCCCUAAAGGAGGAUAAAAUCGCCGAUGUUUCUCACCUUUGUUUUGUUAUCCAUGGGAUCGGUCAAAAAAUGGGUACCAACCUUAUUCUGAACAAUUGCAAUGAGCUUCGUGAUACUUGUGACAAAAUAAAAACUCGUUACUUUUCACAUUUGGAUAAAGAAAAUAAACGUGUGGAAUUUUUACCUGUUGAAUGGCGAACUGUUUUACAGUUAGACGGUAAUACAGUUGAAUCAAUCACUCCUGUUCAUCUUCGAGGACUUCGUACAGUUCUGAAUUGUUCUGCUAUGGAUAUUAUGUAUUAUACUAGUCCUUUGUAUCGAGCUGAAAUUAUUUGCAGUUUAAAAAGUGAACUCAAUAGAUUAUAUGAUAUGUUUCGUCGGUUGAAUCCUGAUUUUGAAUCUCGAGGUGGAAAAGUUUCAAUAAUUGCUCAUUCUCUUGGAUGUGUCCUAGUUUACGAUCUAAUUACUGGCUGGAAUCAAGUCCAUGAUAAUGAUCCAUUAACUGAAAUCUUAUUAAAUAAAUCAACUGAUAAAAAUAUAUUUUUCCAUUCAGCUUCCACAAAAUUGUCAAAUAUUACGGAUAAGACUUUACCAAACAAUAACUUGAAUGUGCUAUAUCCUGAUCACAGACUGUCGUCUAAUGGAAACUUGGAACAAAUUGCUCGUGUUAAUAUUCGGUUGGAAACUGCAAGGACAUUGGUGAAUAAUUUAGAACAGGAAUUAAGCAGCUUGCUAUUUACUCGUGACAAUCACAUGAAUUGUGAUUCUCAGAAGUCAAAUGUUAGUAAUAAUCAUCAGGACGACCAGUCAGUAUAUAGUAAACCUUCAGUAUGUCACCCAAAUUCUUCAUUACAUCAACAAAAUCCUUUAUUGUUUGCGGAUAAUCUAGAAAACCUUUUCUGCUUGGGCUCACCUUUGGGCGUGUACUUGGUUUUGCGUGGUAUCCGCCCUGGUCCUUUUCAAACUCAAGACUCAAUACUUCCUCGAAAAAUUUGUCCCCGGAUUUUUAACAUUUACCACCCAGCAGAUCCUGUAGCUUAUCGUUUAGAACCAUUAAUUUUAAAAUAUUAUUCCACUAUCCAACCAGCUCUGAUUCAUCGAGUUGAUGCUGUUUCAAAACCAUGCUAUGACACACUUCCUUUGCUUGAAUAUUCUGGUAAAGAAUUCAAACAUCCAAAACCACAAAAUUGUCAUCAACAAGUAGCGAAAAACCCUUGCUCAGAUACAAAUCAACUUAUAACCACACAAGAUGCAGAUUCCUCUAGACGUUCAUCAAUUGCUAGUCGAUUAUUUGGUUUCUUCUCACGAGCACCAUAUUUACCUGGUGGAAGUCAAGAAACAGGAGGAAUCGAUCUUACUCUUUCCGAAAAAUUAUCUAACCAUGACAAUGAUGAGAAAAUUAAUUCUAUAGAGAAAUGUUCUGAAUUUUGUAAUUCUACAAGUAAAAAAGAUCAAAAAACAACAAAUUCACUUACUUCAUCAUUAUCAUCUAAUGAUUUAUUUGAAAAUGAUUUAUGUUGUUAUGAACCGUUACAACUUGAAUGUCGAUUAGAUUUUGAAUUACAAAUAUCACGUUAUGAAAAUAUGUACCUUUCUCUAUUGACUUCACAUACUAGCUAUUGGACUAAUCCAGAUAUUUGUAUGUUUAUCAUGACAUAUUUAUUUCCAUUAAAACCCGGUUCAACAGAUUAA